GAGUGAAAUAAAACCGUUUUGUGGAAUUAUUAUGAAAAUGGAGUGGAAACCUGAACAGGAAGGAUUACGGCAAAUACUAACACUUCUCAAGGAAUCACAAUCACCAGAUACAGCUACCCAGAGAGCCGUACAACAAAAAUUGGAAGAAUUGAACAAGUACCCGGAUUUUAAUAAUUAUUUGAUAUUUGUUUUGACAAAACUGGUUACUGAAGAAGAGCCUACAAGGUCGCUUAGUGGAUUGAUUUUGAAGAACAAUGUGAAGGCGCAUUAUAACAGCUUUUUGCCAGAAGUGGCAGAGUUUAUAAAGCGGGAAUGCCUAUCUGCGGUGGGGGACCCUUCUCCUUUGAUCCGGGCGACUGUAGGCAUUAUAAUUACUACCAUUGCAAGCAAAGGUGAACUUACCUCUUGGCCGGAACUCUUGCCUGCGUUAUGCCAGAUGCUUGAUUCACAGGACUACAAUGUUUGUGAGGGAGCUUUUGGUGCACUGCAAAAAAUCUGUGAAGACACUGCUGAAAUAUUGGACAGUGAUGCAUUAAAUAGACCAUUAAAUGUUCUCAUCCCAAAAUUCCUGCAGUUCUUCAGACAUACAUCGCCUAAAAUCAGAUGUCAUGCCAUUGCUUGUGUCAACUACUUUAUCAUGGGCAGAACACAGGCUCUUAUGUUACACAUUGACAGUUUUAUUGAGAAUUUAUUCCACCUAGCAGCUGAUGAGGACCCCGAUGUCCGGAAAAAUGUUUGUCACGCCUUGGUCUUACUUUUAGAAGUGAGGUUGGACAGACUCAUACCACAUUUACCUAACAUUAUUGAGUACAUGCUGGUGCGUACCCAAGAUCCUGAGGAGGGCGUCGCCUUAGAAGCUUGUGAAUUCUGGCUGUCCCUUGCUGAACAGAAUGUCUGCAGAGAGGUGUUAGGUCCUCGACUGCCGGCCCUACUGCCAGUGUUGGUCCGUGGCAUGCGCUACUCGGAGAUGGACGUGAUUCUGCUCCGCGGUGACCGCGAUGACGACGCAGAUGAUGCGGAGCCCGACCGCGAGUCGGACAUCCGCCCGCGUUUUCACAAACCGCGCUCACAUACUAUCAAACAUAAUGUAGGAGCAGGCGACAGUAACAUGUCGGGCGGCGGCGAGUCGGACGACGAGGAAGAGGGCGGCGCGGAUGCGGAUGACGGCUCGUUAUCCGACUGGAAUCUGCGCAAGUGCAGCGCGGCAGCUCUCGACGUGCUCGCCAACGUGUUCGGCGCCGACCUGCUUCCUGUGCUCUUUCCGAUCCUCAAAGAGACACUGUUCCACGAGGAUUGGGUCAUCAAGGAGAGUGGCAUCCUUGCCUUGGGUGCCGUAGCCGACGGCUGUAUGGGUGGCAUGGUGCCUCAUUUACCAGACCUGGUUCCGUAUCUGGUGGUGUGCUUAUCGGAACGCAAGGCGCUUGUCCGCGCUAUCACGUGCUGGACCUUGUCGCGGUACUCACACUGGAUCGUCUCACAAUCGCACGAUUUGUAUCUUCGCCCUGUUAUGACUGAGCUCCUAAAACGCGUUUUGGACAACAACAAGCGUGUCCAAGAAGCCGCAUGUUCCGCAUUCGCUACACUCGAAGAAGAAGCGUGCACAGAAUUAGUGCCGUACUUGGGCUACAUACUACAGACUUUGGUCUAUGCAUUUAGCAAAUAUCAGCAUAAGAACUUGCUGAUCUUGUACGACGCAAUAGGCACUUUGGCUGACUCGGUCGGGCACCAUCUCAACAAACCCGAGUAUAUUAACCUGUUGAUGCCACCGCUUAUAAACAAAUGGAAUGUCUUGAAGGACGAGGAUAAGGACUUGUUCCCAUUGCUCGAGUGUCUGUCAUCUGUGGCCACGGCGCUGCAGUCAGGAUUUCUGCCAUAUUGCGAACCGGUUUUCAGACGAUGUGUAUCAUUAAUAGAACAAACUCUAAAUCAGAACAUAGCAAACAGUCAAAGUCCAGACCAAUUCGAAGCACCAGACAAAGACUUCAUGAUUGUAGCUCUGGACCUGCUGAGCGGACUAGCGGAGGGCUUGGACGGGCAUAUAGACCAUCUUGUUGUCAACUCUAAUCUCAUGCAGCUGUUGUACCAGUGCAUGCAGGAUCCCAUGCCCGAGGUUCGCCAAUCAUCUUUCGCAUUGUUAGGCGACUUAACAAAAGCGUGUUUCCAACACGUGCUGCCGUGCAUACCGGAGUUCCUGCCAAUCUUGGGCAUGAACCUCAACCCCGAGCUUAUAUCCGUCUGCAAUAACGCCACUUGGGCUAUUGGAGAAAUUAGUAUUAAGUUAGGAUCCGAUACUUCAAAAUAUAUCCCACUCGUACUGAACCACUUAGUCGAAAUCAUCAAUAGGCCUAACACACCCAAAACACUACUCGAGAACACAGCAAUUACUAUCGGUCGGCUAGGUUAUGUGUGCCCCCACGACGUCGCACCCGUUUUACAUCAAUUUGUACGCCAGUGGUGUGCAUCACUCCGGAACAUUCGAGAUAACGACGAAAAGGACUCUGCGUUCCGCGGUAUCUGCCAGAUGAUACAAGUCAAUCCUGGUGGCGUAGUGCCAGAUUUCAUGUUCUUCUGCGACGCGGUUGCUUCAUGGUCGCAUCCGAAAGACGACUUGAAGGAGAUGUUCACUAAGAUCCUGCACGGGUUCAAGAAUCAGGUUGGAGAGGAAAACUGGCGCCGGUUCACCGAUCAGUUUCCCGUGCAACUGAGUGCGCGCCUCUCGGCCAUGUGCGGGAUAUAGGGUCCACCACAUUCUUUAUGGGGAAUCAAUGUCAGCACGGGUCGGGAAGACAUUGCGGGCGGAGGGCCGUCCGGAGCGUAGGGACCGUCACAGCCAUCGAACCACGCGCGGUGCCAGUCGCCGACACCACCUCAAGUGCCAACACACUAACCUCAAUAGACUAGCGAUGAAAUUUUUCCGUUUACCGUACCUACCGGGAGAGUGACCAGUUUAAUCAGUGACUUUUCGUUUACAUCUGAAAUUCCUCUUUUGUUAGUUAGAAGCGGCGGAUAGACUUAAUUUUCGCACUGAGUGUUACGACAAAUCGACAGUGGCAGACGGGCGCGGUGUGAUCGGCGCCCGCGCACGUCCUGGGCAAUAGACGUGCACAGGUAGACGGUAGGCGGGCUAAGAGUACAUUACAUACUUUUAUAUCACGGGGUGCUAAGCUUAUGUAUUCGUAUCGUGGAAUGUUAAUGUCGCACGUUGCAUGCAUUCGUGGCGUUUCAUUCGUUGUUAUCGAAUCAAAGUGUUCACUCAUUGGCCUGUAGCUGUAGUAUUUACUCACCACCUGUUUCAACACGGUGACUUACUGAUUUAGAUAUGGUUUCAAUAUCUAUUGUAAUCGCAUGAACCUUAGUGAUAGUGCAUAGUUUUAUUAACUGUACAGAUGAGACACAUUUGAUUAGUUUUUACCUAAAACAAAACAGCUUAAUUUUAGUUCCUAUGGUAAAAUUACUAACAGUCGAGCGAGUAGCUUUUACUACGGUUAACUUUGUUUUUUUAUAUAGUAAAACUUCUUUCAUUAGAACUAGGCUUGCGUACAUCUUGUCUCUUCUUGCAACUUAUUCUUAGGUAUCUACAGUCAUGCAUGCCUUUGCAUUCUUGUUUAAUAUUCAUUUAGUAAGGUAUAUUAUGUACUAUUCGUCUGUACAAUGGCGUCAAAGUAACGGUCUCAUAUCUCUUAGAAUUCAUAUGAUUAUACCACCAGUCAUUGUCACGAUUUUCAUGAAUAGGUAGUUUUAUGUUGUACCAUGGAACAAUAACUCAAGACGACGAGUCUUUAUACUACAGAUCGUAACUCUGAGAUGGUCAAAAUCCCGUAUCUAGAUGGCGCUAAUCAAUAGAGUGGAAGUGUAGUCUGUUCCAACCCAUUUUCAACAAAAAGUAAAGAAACCUGUUUGAUUAAAAUUCUAAAACAAUCACUCAGUAAAUCGAUUAAGAAACACUUUCACGUAUAUUUCGAAGUUUUCGACUUGAUAUCUCAUCACUUUUCCCAACAACAUUCAUUUGAAUAACAUCGUAAAAAA